CGGCGGCGGCGCGGAGGUUCGCUAGCCGGUUGCUGGGCUUGGCGAGUGGCGGCGGCGACGGCGACGCGCACAGAGGCGGAUUGUGGCUUCCCUGGUGCUCGUGGCGGGUUGCGCCGAGGCGGGGGCGGCGGGGCGCGCCGGGGGCCCCUGCGGGCGCGGCGCAGGCGAUGAACCGAGGCCCGGCAUGGCCUCCGCGCGGCCGCCGGGCCGGGCCUGCGCCUCGGCGUCCGCGCCCGCGGGGCUCCGGGCCGGGCCGCCCGCCCUCCCCGCCGCCGCCGCCGCCCCCGAGCCUGCGGGCGGCGCCGAGGCCGAGGAGCGCUCGCUGCAGCACAUGCUGCGUGCCAUAGCGGAGGAGCGCGGCCGCCUUAGCCUGCGCCGCGAGGUCUGCGGCCUCGGGUGCUUCAAGGAUGACCGCAUUGUCUUCUGGACUUGGAUGUUCUCCACCUACUUCAUGGAGAAAUGGGCUCCCCGGCAGGACGACAUGCUUUUCUAUGUGCGCCGGAAGCUGGCGUACUCGGGCAGCGAAAGCGGUGCAGACGGGAGGAAGGCGACUGAGCCUGAGGUGGAGGUGGAGGUGUACCGGCGGGACUCCAAGAAGCUGCCAGGCCUGGGAGACCCUGACAUCGAUUGGGAGGAGAGCGUCUGCCUCAAUCUCAUCCUGCAGAAGCUGGACUACAUGGUGACCUGUGCGGUGUGCACACGUGCCGACGGCGGGGACAUUCACAUCCAUAAGAAGAAAUCUCAGCAAGUGUUCGCGUCCCCGAGUAAACACCCCAUGGACAGCAAAGGGGAAGAGUCCAAGAUCAGCUACCCCAACAUCUUCUUCAUGAUUGACAGCUUCGAGGAGGUGUUCAGCGACAUGACUGUGGGAGAAGGAGAGAUGGUCUGUGUGGAGCUGGUGGCCAGUGACAAAACUAACACGUUCCAGGGGGUCAUCUUUCAGGGCUCCAUCCGCUAUGAGGCGCUCAAGAAGGUGUAUGACAACCGGGUGAGCGUGGCUGCCCGCAUGGCACAGAAGAUGUCAUUUGGCUUCUACAAGUACAACAACAUGGAGUUUGUGCGCAUGAAGGGUCCCCAGGGCAAGGGCCACGCCGAGAUGGCAGUCAGCCGAGUGUCCACAGGUGACACGUCCCCCUGUGGGACUGAAGAGGACUCCAGCCCAGCUUCGCCCAUGCACGAGCGGGUGACCUCCUUCAGCACGCCCCCCACCCCAGAGCGGAACAACCGGCCCGCCUUCUUCUCCCCAUCCCUCAAGAGGAAGGUGCCCCGGAACUGGAUCGCCGAGAUGAAGAAGUCUCACUCCGCCAACGACAGCGAGGAGUUCUUCCGGGAGGACAGCGGUGGAGCCGAUCUGCACAAUGCAACCAACCUGCGGUCUCGGUCCCUGUCGGGCACGGGACGGUCCCUGGUUGGGUCUUGGCUGAAGCUGAACAGAGCAGAUGGAAACUUCCUUCUCUAUGCACACUUAACCUAUGUCACUUUGCCGCUGCAUCGGAUUUUAACAGACAUCCUGGAAGUUCGGCAGAAGCCCAUCCUGAUGACCUAGCCGCGUGCGGAGCCUGUGCAGAGCCCCGGCCGGGCCCAGCCCUGGGAGUGCUGCCAAGUGCCUACCUGUCCACCGCCACCGGGGUCUUCUGUGACCCGCCAGUGCUGGAGCCGCAGCCAGGCGAGGCCACUCGACUCCCGGGGCCAGGGCCGACUCCACGAACACCAGCCCAAACUGAAGUGCCUCUUCCCUCCCCUGCUGGCUCUGCUCCGCCCUGUGCCCCCCGCCCGUCGCCCCCCACCCAUCUCUGGAGAGCCCUCUGCACCCAAACAGGACUAGAGCUGCCGAGCGGCCAUGAGGGACAGCGGGAGGAGCAGCUGAUGCCCCGAGCGGGGCCAGACCGGCGCAUCUCUGUUCAC